AUGUCCCAGCCGUCGACUUCGACGAGCCAGACCGAACAAGACGCACUCCGAGCUGCGACAUUCCAGCGUCUUCAUCCUAAAGUCUAUCUUGAACGGUUCCUUGCAGAGAACGUCCGACCCGAUGGCCGCGGAUUCGAAGAAUGGAGGGACGUCUCGGUGAAUGUAGGCUCGAUAUCUACUGCCGACGGGUCGGCACUCGUCCGUCUGGGGGACACGACGAUCGUGUGCGGUGUGAAGGCAGAGAUAGCAGAGCCUGAGCUGGAUAGUCCAGGGGACGGGUUUCUUGUUCCGAACUUGGACCUUCCCGCGAUUUGCUCUCCAAAAUUCAAGCCAGGUCCUCCCACCGAAGAGGCACAGGUGCUCUCAGACAGGCUCAAUGAGGCGCUCAUUGCCUCCGGAAUCCUGCCCACAUCGUCUUUAUGCAUUGCGCGAGGCAAGGCGGUGUGGGUAUUAUACGUCGACGCGACGUGUAUCAACUACGACGGAAACGCGUUCGACGCGACACUGUUAGCCAUGGUGGCAGCCCUAAAGAACACUCAACUCCCCGAGGCGACGUACGACGAAGAGACAGGCCGCACCACCUGCUCGCGCAAGGUCAAGCAGCCGUUGCAACUCGGCCGAUCGCCGACCUCAAUGUCCUUCGGCAUUUUCGACUCAACACACGUGCUUGCGGACCCGACGUCUUUUGAAGAGCCCCUGCUGGACACCACGCUUUCCGUAGUCGUCGACGAGAACGGAGAUCUGGUUUCCGUUGCCCAACUCGGGCUUACGGUUGUUGGAGGCCAAGAUGUGCUGACCCAAUGCAUUGCUACUGCAAAAGAGAAUCAUUCUCGUAUAUAUAGCAGAAUAUUAAAUCAAUAA